CUUGCCCCUGAGGGACUUUUUCUUCUGCUUUCUAUAGCUCCUGGAGCUUCCGGCAUAAACCAGCGCCAUCGGAGGAGAGGGCGGGACGGGGGUUUCUAUAUCCGAUAGUUUUAUCUAGAGGGGUGCGGUGGCGCUUGGAGGAGACCUCUUUUUAACCUGAGGCGACUGGCGGAGGGAGACGCUUUGUUGUUUAUGGGGCAGCCUCCGUGCAGGGUAUUGAGAAAGUCCAAGAUGGCGAUGGCUUCCAGGCCGAGGGGACCCGGCAGGCCCUGAGUCCAGCCAGGAAGGAGAGCGAGAGGGAUACUUUGGGUCAGCGAGGCUCCGGGGAGACCCUACAGAGUAGGCGGGGAGCGAGGACGAGGGAAGCGGGGACCAGGGAGAGGAGCGACGGUUGAGCGGCCUAGUCACCCCCGCCCGUCCGGCCUGCGGCUCGAGUGAGGAGGAGGGGUCGGGCAUGGCCCCCUGAGGGGCCCCCCCAGGGCGGGAGGAGUGGAGGGGUGACAUGGAGUCAAGAGAGGAGCAGGGGGAGCAGAACGAGAAGGGAGAGCAAGGGACCUGGGGAGAAAGGGCUCCCCUCGGUGACCAGACGGACUGGGUGGCCCGCGGAGAGAAGGGGGAUCGAGGAGUGCGGGGAUCGAGGGGGGAGCGGGGCCCUUCAGGGGAGAGGGGGGAUCAUGGAGAGUGGGCUGAACGGAGCGCCAAGACAGAGAAGGGAGAACGGGGUGCCAAGGCUGAGAGGCUUCCUCGGGCUGACAAGAUGGAGCAGGGGGAUGGGGGUCCCCGGGGGGAUCGAGCCCUUCGACCUCCUAGGUUUUCAGAUCCGUCAGACCGAGGUUUGUGGGGGGCAGAGCAAGGUGAGUGGGUGGAGCGUGGCCCGCCCUGGUCUGGGGAGCCUGACCCCUUGUUGCCCCCUGAGGACUUUUUACCACCACCCGAGUGUCCUGUCUUUGAGCCCAGUUGGGCCGAAUUUAGUGACCCACUAGGUUACAUUGCCAAGAUCCGGCCCAUUGCAGAAAAGAGUGGCAUCUGCAAGAUCCGCCCUCCUGCUGAUUGGCAGCCUCCCUUUGCUGUAGAAGUGGAUAACUUCAGGUUUACUCCACGGAUACAGAGGCUUAAUGAGUUAGAGGCACAGACCAGGGUGAAGCUGAACUACUUGGACCAGAUUGCAAAAUUCUGGGAGAUCCAAGGCUCUGCACUGAAAAUCCCCAAUGUAGAGAGGCGAAUCCUUGAUUUGUACAGCCUGAGCAAAAUUGUGAUGGAAGAAGGUGGAUAUGAAGCCAUCUGCAAGGAUCGCCGGUGGGCAAGAGUAGCCCAGCGCCUUUCCUAUCCAUCAGGGAAGAACAUUGGCUCUCUUCUUCGCUCCCACUAUGAGCGCAUUAUCUACCCUUAUGAAAUGUACCAGUCUGGUGCCAACCUGGUGCAGUGCAAUACCCAUCCAUUUGACAAUGAGGAGAAAGACAAAGAGUAUAAGCCACACAGCAUCCCACUGCGUCAAUCAGUGCAGCCUUCCAAGUUCAACACCUAUGGCCGCCGAGCCAAGCGUCUGCAGCAGGAGGAAUCCGAAUCGUGCCCUGAACCUGCCAGCGCCCCAGCUCUGUUACCUGAGCGAGCGCCUCAAGCAUGGCCAGAGCCAACAGAAGAAGACAUUGAGAAGAAUCCAGAGUUGAAGAAACUACAGAUAUACGGUGCUGGUCCCAAAAUGCUGGGUCUGGGGCUUGUGGCUAAGGACAAGAACAUGCGCAAGAAAGACAAGGAGAUGCCUGAGUGCCCUCCAACAGUGAUAGUGAAAGAGGAGGCUCCUGCGCCAGAGACCAAGUUGGAGCCCACCUCACCCCGAGGCUAUGCAAAUGUGAAAGAGGAGCUGAGGCACAGUCCAGAACCUUGCACCAAGAUGACUAUGCGUCUCCGUCGCAACCACAAUACUCAGUUUAUUGAGUCUUACGUUUGUAGGAUAUGUACGCGGGGAGAUGAGGAUGACAAGCUGUUGUUAUGUGAUGGUUGUGAUGACAACUACCACAUCUUCUGUCUCUUGCCACCCUUGCCAGAGAUUCCAAAAGGUGUCUGGAGGUGCCCCAAAUGCGUCAUGGCGGAAUGCAAGCGCCCCCCAGAAGCUUUUGGUUUUGAGCAGGCCACCCGGGAAUACACACUACAGAGCUUUGGGGAGAUGGCAGAUUCCUUCAAGGCUGACUACUUCAAUAUGCCUGUGCACAUGGUUCCAACUGAGUUGGUGGAGAAAGAAUUCUGGCGGUUGGUGAACAGCAUUGAAGAGGAUGUGACAGUGGAGUACGGGGCUGACAUCCAUUCUAAGGAAUUUGGAAGUGGCUUCCCCAUCAAUGACGGCAAAAGGCAGCUCUCUCCAGAGGAAGAGGAGUAUGCAGCCAGUGGCUGGAACCUCAAUGUGAUGCCAGUGCUGAAGCAGUCGGUGCUAUGCCACAUCAACGCUGAUAUUUCAGGCAUGAAGGUACCGUGGCUCUAUGUGGGCAUGGUGUUUUCUGCCUUCUGCUGGCACAUCGAGGAUCACUGGAGCUACUCUAUUAACUACCUCCACUGGGGUGAGCCCAAGACCUGGUAUGGAGUGCCAUCCUUUGCAGCCGAGCAUCUGGAAGACGUCAUGAAGAAACUGACCCCAGAACUGUUUGAGAGCCAGCCAGACUUAUUGCACCAGUUGGUGACACUCAUGAAUCCCAACACACUUAUGGCUCAUGGGGUCCCGGUUGUCCGGACCAACCAGUGUGCUGGAGAGUUUGUCAUUACGUUCCCUAGAGCCUAUCACAGUGGUUUCAACCAGGGCUACAACUUUGCUGAAGCAGUCAACUUCUGCACUGCUGACUGGUUGCCGGCCGGUCGCCAGUGCAUUGAGCACUACCGGCGCCUGCGCCGAUACUGUGUCUUCUCGCACGAAGAGCUAAUUUGUAAGAUGGCUGCUUGCCCGGAGAGGCUGGACCUGAACUUGGCAGCCGCUGUGCAUAAGGAGAUGUUUAUCUUGGUGCAAGAGGAGCGCAAGCUGCGCAAAGCUCUCCUGGAUAAGGGUAUCACGGAGGCAGAGCGGGAGGCUUUUGAACUGCUUCCGGACGAUGAGCGCCAGUGUGACAAAUGCAAGACGACCUGCUUCCUUUCAGCUCUGGCUUGCUAUGAUUGUCCCGACUCUCUGGUCUGUCUCUACCACAUCAAUGAUCUCUGCAAGUGCCCCAGCAACAGGCAAUACCUCAGGUAUCGGUACACCCUGGAUGAGCUCCCAGCCAUGUUACACAAGUUGAAGGUCCGAGCAGAGUGCUUUGACACGUGGGCCAACAAAGUUCGAAUUGCACUGGAAGUGGAAGACGGGCGCAAGAGAACUUUGGAGGAAUUGCGUGCCCUGGAGUCAGAGGCCCGUGAGAGGAAAUUCCCUGAGAAUGAGUUGUUACAUCGGUUGAAGAAUUGCUUGAGUGAGGCAGAGAAGUGCGUCUCGGAAGCCCUGGGUCUCAUAAGCAGUCAAGAAACAGGAGAACCAUCAGUCCAUAUGACCGUGGAGGAGCUCUGUGCUUUCCUUGAGCAAAUGAGCAACCUGCCCUGUGUCAUGCAUCAGAUAAAAGAAGUCCAGGCUGUGCUGGAGAAGGUGAAAGCUUUCCAAGCUGAAGUUCAGGAGGCCCUGCAAGAUCUCCCCGGCAGCUCCCCAGAACUCCACAAACUGCUGGCUCGGGGGACACGGCUAGGGGUAGAGGUGCCUGAGAUGGAACUUUUGGAGAGGCAGGUGCAACAGGCUGUCUGGCUAGAGGAGGUCAAGCAGACACUGCGUUCUCCCCAGGAUAAGGUGACACUGUCUGUCAUGAGGGCGCUCAUCACCUCUGGCUGUGGAGUGGCCCCCAGCCCUGCUGUGGACAAGGCCAUGGCUGAGCUGCAAGAGCUGAUCACCAUCGCCCAGCGUUGGGAGGAGAAAGCCCAAAUGUGCCUGGAAGCAAGGCAGAAGCAUCCACCAGCUACUCUGGAGGCAAUCAUCAAAGAGGCAGAGAACAUCCCCGUGCACCUGCCCAAUAUCCUGUCACUCAAGGAGGCACUAUCUAAGGCCCAGGCUUGGAUUGCGGAUGUGGAGGAGAUCCAGAAUGGGGAUCAUUAUCCCUGCCUGGAUGACCUGGAGGGGCUUGUGGCUGUGGGUAGGGAUUUACCAGUGCAUCUGGAAGAGCUGCGUCACUUAGAGGUACAGGUAGCGACUGCACAUUCCUGGCGGGAAAAAGCCUCCAAGACCUUCCUCAAGAAGAACUCCUGCUACACAUUGCUUGAGGUGCUGUGCCCAUGUGCUGACACUGACUCAGACAGUGUCAAACGUACCAAGUGGCAGAGGGAAAAGGAGCCUGGCUUGUACAAAUCAGACACGGAGAGCCUGGGCCUCUCAGCACAAGACCUCAGGGACCCCGGCUCUGUUCAGAUCAUAGCUUUCAAGGAAGGUGAGCAGAAGGAGAAAGCAGGGAUCCUACGGCUGCGCCAGUCCAACACCCAGAAGCCAGUGCCCUCAGCACACAGUCCUCCAGGGAGUCAGUACUGCGUGUGUUCCCAGCCUCCAAGCUCUGCCAUGCUGCAGUGUGAACUCUGUCAGGACUGGUUCCACCCCACCUGUGUGGCUUGGCCCCGUUUGGGUAACCCCCGACCUUCUCCUGCAUGGUGGGAAUGGGAUGCCAAAUUCCUGUGCCCGCUUUGCCAGCGUUCUCGCCGGCCCCGCCUGGAGACAAUCCUGGCUUUGUUGGUGGCCCUCCAGAAACUUCCUGUGCGUCUCCCAGAGGGCGAAGCCCUGCAGUGCUUGACAGAGCGGGCCAUCACGUGGCAGGACCGGGCCCGUCAGCUCCUGGCUGCCUCAGAGGCAGUUGCUGCCUUGGAGCGACUGAAAGUGUUGCGGCAACGGCUGGUUGGGGACUCGACCAAGGAGGCAGGGGCACUCAAAGAGAGCAGCUGCAAUGAACAGACCAAGGUUUCCUUGGAGAAUGGGGACUCGGCAGCUCCAGAGAAGAACAGCACCUGUGCCUCAGACCUGGAGAUGCUCUGCUCUUACCUGCCACAGCUGCAAGGCCCUGUGCUGGAGUUGCCUGAUGCCAUUCGUCUGCCCCUAGAAGAGCUACUAAUGGAGGGCGACCUUCUGGAAGUGACACUAGAUGAGAGCCAGAGCAUUUGGCGCCUGCUACAGGCUGCGUGUGCCCCCCAGGUUGACAAGUUUCGCCAGCUGCUAGACCUGGAGCAGGCAGAGCGACGUGGCACCCGCGGGCGAGGCCGGGACUCGGAACGACGGCGGAAACGCAAGACGGAGCGUGGUGACUACCCCACCCUGCCCAAGGAGGAAUUAGAGCCAAAGAAGAUCCGGGGGGCAGACCCAGCACUGCCCCAGGGUGGGGCUCCCCCUGCAGCAGGCACAGAUUGCAGCCACAAUGGAGUUGGGCAGUUGUGACAAUAAGAAGAUGCCUGGAUUUCCUUUCCUGGACUAUACUGCACUGCAAGGGACUCUGGCAGCCCCCUGCCACCCUGUUGGUUUGACUAGCACUCUGGAUUGGGGGAGGUAGCCAGCCCCAGAAGCUGGGGUCUGCCACUCCCCUCCCUCACCAGGACUCAGCACUGGCCCUGCACCAAACUCUUUUCAGACGGUGUAAUAUUUCAUUUUCUUUGUCCUCCUUUUGUAUUAUUGAUACCUCAGAAGGGGGAGGCAUUGCAGGGGUCAGCGACGCGCAGGGGCCACCUGUUCCCUUUUGGCAGAAGCAGCAGAGAGCGCCGCCCUGCUGCUGUCAGGACUCGAGCUUUGCGGAGGCCUGUUCUGGGUGGGAGCAGCGUGUGCUGGGACUAGCCCAGGCUCAUCACCUCAGGCAGUGAGAGGAGUCAGGUGCCCUCUUGAAGGUCGUGCCCCACUCCUCGUACCAGCAUUCCCUAGAUGCAGGAGAGACGAUGCCUCCUGUUGGACAGAGGGGCAGCGCUCCCCAAACACCCCAUCCUCCUCUGGUACCUGGUGGGUUUUAUAGGAACUGGGGCAACCACUUUGUUCUUCGGGGAGGAGGAAAGGGCAAGGGAUCUCUUGUUCCACUCCAGCCUCUACUCCGCCCUCACCCUUCCCAACCCUGCAUCAUGGGCCCCAAGGCUGCCUCAGGCUCUGACACUAAAGUCUUUUGUCUUUCUCUUUUUAGUGUUUCUCCUUUAUUUUCUCCGGCAGAGGAGGGUGGGCUGUUGGGGGAUAGGGAGGGGUGUGUUAUUUUAUUGUAUUAUGAUUUUUUUAUUAUUAUUAAACUUUGGAGGUUAA